AUGAGACUCGGUCUCUUAUUGACGCUGCCCGUGGCGAAUGCCUUUGAGUGCUCCCGGGCAGCCUUCCAAGGCAUUCUUCCAACAAAUAUCUCAGCCUCAGUAGCUUAUGCCACGACUGUGCCAGAAAACUCAACAUUCCAAGUACCCGAGUCGAACAUAGCUUUCCCAACAUCUCCGGUCUUGCUUCGACGAGUCUGCGCUGUGCAGAUCAACAUCACUUCGAGCGCGUCUUCAGCGUACAGCUUGGGCCUGUUUUUGCCAGAUGAGGAUGAGUGGAAUGAGAGGUUGUUGGCUGUCGGUGGUGGAGGGUAUGCUGGUGGGAUUGACUUCGUUUCUAUGGUAUGUCCAUCUUUCAACAAUGGAAAUGGAUAUAAGCUAAGGACCAAGGCCGCGGGCGUCUGCUACGGAUUCGCUGUAGCAGCCACGGAUACCGGCCACAAUUCAACACUGGAAGACGGAUCCUGGGCUCUCGACAAGGAGAAGUUGACCGAUUGGAGCUAUCGAGCAAUGCAUGGUUCUGUUGUCCUUGCAAAGCUCAUCCUAAGUGCAUAUUACGAAAGCUCGAGCUUGAGCUUCAGCUAUUUCUCUGGAUGCGCGACGGGUGGCCGGCAAGGCUUGAAGGAAAUCGAGAUGUACCCCGACGACUUCGAUGGAGUUCUUGUGGGAGAUCCAGCGUGGUGGUCGAGCCAUUUGCAGCCGUGGACGGUCAAAGUCGGCUUGAACAACCUACCAACGACAGCACCACAUCAUAUUCCUCCUGAACUAUUCCCCGUCAUCGGCGUGGAAGUCGUACGGCAAUGUGAUCCGCAAGACGGACUGGUCGAUGGCAUAGUGUCUGAUCCUGCCGGUUGUCAGUUCAUACCUGAGGCGUUGAUGUGCGGCUCGAAUGUCUCCUUCACAAGUCACUCCAAUGCGAGUUGUCUCACCGGUCCGCAGAUUGAGACACUUUACAAGAUCUACGGGCCCUAUUAUGAAACCAAUCAGACAUUCAUCUUUCCCGGCCUACUCCCUGGCAGCGAAAACCAAUGGACCAACAUCCUCGGCCAAGCCACUCCCAAUACCAUCGGCACAGACUACAUUCGCUACUUCCUCUUCGAUGAUCCUUCAUGGAACGUCUACACCUACAAUUUCAGCGUCGUCCAUGCGGCAGACGAAGCUCAACCUGGCAAUUCCUCGAUCACGAAUUUCGAUUUCGCCCCUUUCUACCGCAGAGGCGGCAAGCUCAUUCACUACCACGGUCUCGCCGACGGCCUCAUACCUCCAGAAUCAUCAGACUACUUCUUCCGCCAACUUCUCAAAACUCUCGUCCCAAAGGGCAUCACCGUAGACUCCUUCUACCGCCUCUUCCACGUCCCAGGUAUGGAACACUGCACCGGAACAUCCAGCAACGCACCUUGGUAUUUCGGCGGGGCGAUCCAAGCCAACACCCUUGGUGUGCGCCCUGGGACGGUCAGCGGUACCCCAGGGUUCCCGGAUGCGGAGCAUGAUGUCUUGCUUGCAUUGAUGCGGUGGACGGAGGAGGGCAGGGCUCCUGAGAGGGUUGUCGCGACGAAAUGGCGGAGUGAUACGCUGCUUGAUGAGGUCUGGAGGCAGAGGCCAAUAUGCCCUUAUCCGAAGCGUGCGAGGUACUGUGGGUAUGGAGAUCCUGAUGAUGCGGAUAGCUGGGAGUGUCUAUAG